AUGAACAAGUCUCAGAUACGAAAUAUACAUAUCGAGAGACAAGAGGAGGCAAUCAGCGAGGAUGAGCUCCAGGAGGUGUUCACCAGCUCAAUGGACUCUCUCACCCAUGUUCAAAUAUGGAAUCGUGCUGGACAAGUGGUACACAACAGCAUCUCAUUCCUCAUACAAGAAGUCAGUCAGUACGAGUUCAUUGACGAGUACAGAGAAGAAGUGAUGCCAUGUCCUUCUACUCAGAAAGAAUGUAGAGAGGUUGCACAUCUGUCUGGAACUCGGAGGAACUUCCAGCAUGCCCUUGGGGCAAUAGACGGGAUGCAUAGUACCAUCAAGACUCCGAAAAACAGUAGGUACUACAAUUACAAAGGAUUUAUCUCCGUCGUGAUGCUUGGUCUGUUCGAUGCGUACUACAACUUUCCCUGGGUAGAUAUUGGAGCUAAUGGGUCAGCUUCAGAUGAACAAUUAUUCAAUUCCAGUCAGCUUAAAGAGAUCAUCGACGGUUGGGAUAUCAACUUUCCUGGACCCGAGCCUCUAACCCAUGAUGGCAAGGAGACGACACAUUUCCUUGUAUGUGAAGAUGCCUUUGCUCUGAGGACGUAUAAUUAUCAUGAAACCAAACGCAACCUAUCUACUGAAGAAUGCAUCUUAAAGUACAGACACUCAAGGUGCAUGAAGGUUGUAGAGAAUUCAGGAUAUUAG